CCCAAUGGAACCCAAAACUUUGAUAUUUCUUAUCAUCACCAUAGUUAUCACCACUCCACUUCCUUCUCUCUCUAUUCAAAUUACAUUAAAUAAGACACCAGUAACAUCACCACCCCUAACUUCAUCUCAAUACAAAACCCUAACCCGCAACACCAUUCAGCAGCAGUUUCUCCUACCACACAACAUGUUACGAGCCAAGCUUCGUCUCCGUCCUCUAAAAUGGAGCAAUAGUCUCGCUCGCUACGCAAGCCGGUGGGCUCGAACCCGCCGUGGAGAUUGCAACCUUAUCCACUCCGGGGGACCGUACGGGGAGAAUCUCUUCUGGGGAAGCGGAAAAGGGUGGAGACCACAGGACGCGGUGGUUGCGUGGGCCUCGGAGAAGAAGUACUAUGACCGGAGAACUUACCGGUGCAAGGCGAAUGGGGAUUGCUUGCAUUACACACAACUUGUGUGGAGGAAGAGUUCGAGGAUUGGGUGUGCAAUCAGUUAUUGCAAGACCGGUGACACAUUUAUCAUAUGUAGUUAUGAUCCUCCCGGUAAUAUUGUUGGACAACCACCCUUUUGAAAAUAUACUGUCGACACUUUAUCUUUACCAUUAUUUUUC